AUGUUGGAUAUCCUUCCGCCUCCACUAUUUAAUCCGACAACAGGCCCUCCUCCCACUUUUUCUCCUCCUACUUCUCUAAUACAUUCUGAAACGGAUCAGAAACAAUACAACCAUCACCGUCAGUAUCAUCAGCAUCCACCAUAUUCGCAGAGAUAUUAUUCUUUCAAACCUUCAAGGCAGACACCUUUCUCUAGUUGUACCUAUCCUUCCACACACUUUCCCGUGUCUUCCUCACUUCCUCCCUCUGCAAUCCCUAAUUCGCCUAUUUUCCCCUCCGACAAUCUCGUUUCUCCUACCGUAGUGUCAUCGAUGAGCUAUAAUUAUCAAGCAAACAAACAAGGGCAGGGACAGGAGCAGAGACAACAACAGCAACAACUAAAUAAUUUUUACGAAACAGCUUCUACAACUCUAACGAAGAUGACUCCUGACGCGAAUCAGGGAAGGAAUUUAGAUACUAUCAAUAAAAAUGACAAUAACGAAGACUAUUUGACAACAGCUGUCUUACCACCUAUUGAUCCUAUGCUUAACCACUUCUCUCAGUCCUGCCACACUCGACAUCGGCUGAACCAAUCUUCUUUCCAUCAAUUGCAACUUUCGGCUCCUUCUGGGCCUUAUUUCGCACCAGUUUCUAUUAGGAUGUAUAAAAAUAUGGUUGGCAGCAGUAACAAAAGUAGCAACAGCAACAGUUCUACAAUCAAUGACAGCGACAAUGACGGCAACCAUGAUGUCCAUGGUGGCUUCAGCUGUAGUAGUAGAAUACAACUGGCUACUCCUACUUUUCAGCAAAGACAACAACAUUAUGCUCAAAUCACGCAUGAGUAUCAGGCUACUUUGGUUAGUCCACCGGAAUUUACGCGCUCAAGAGAUCUGUCUAUGAACUCUAUUCAUUCAAUCAAAAUUUCCAAUAGCGUGGCUACUGUCCCGGACAAAGGAAAAGAAGGGAUAGCAUUGGCUACUGCAAUCUGUGAGCAUGAAUGCAGUAUCAAUAAUUUGACACUGCCUGCCACCGAAACGUCGCUAACAGCACAUCUUAACACUCAACAGCAAUAUGAACAGCAACAACAAAAGACGAAUAUACUGAACGUUGAUUUUGAAAUCCAAUCACCAUCGACGCACAUCAAUAAGAAAGAAGCAACAGCAUCGACACCUUAUGAAGCUCUCCUGAAACAGAUUGCAGUGCAACGGGCGAAGCUCAACGUGUUGCAGACAGGUGUUCAGACACUAUCACGAGAUCUAGUAGCUCUGAAUGAGGUGUUAGAAGAGGAGCAGGACUCGAAAGAUGGAAUUAUACGUGAUGCUCAAACUGCUGUUCAGGGUUGGCAAGAAUCUUUGGAGGGGCUCUCGAAAUGUGAGCCCAUUGAGAUUCUUCAGAAAAGACCCAAUGUAGUGGCCACAUUGAUUCAAUCCAUGAAUUGGUGCGACAAGAAGCAUUUAUUCGAGCAGCUUGUAGCAGGCUGCCUACCUCGAGAAACGUAUCAGUUACAGCACCAGAUCUUGUCCCAAUAUGGCAAUAUCACUGGUUUUGAUAUGCUAGAAGGGCUUCCAUUGUCGGUCUCGAAAAUGGUUAUGAUGAACCUGUCAUUUGUAGACCUGGCAAAUUGUCGUAUGGUGUCGCAAUCUUGGAAGUAUAGGGCUACAGCUUAUGAUGUAGUGGCCACGGCUCUGGGUAAACUCACAUAUUCGGAUGACACAGUUGCGAUAGAUCCGAAAGAAGAUGGACCGCUCAAAAAUUGGAACCAACUCUGCCGGUAUCAUGAACGUGAUGUCCGUUGGAAAAAAGGUCAGCCAGUAUCCAUGUUUACCAUGCAAGGCCACACCAAUUUUGUGACAUCCAUUAAAGACCUUGGUGGCUGGAUUGUCAGUGGUGGAUAUGAUGAAAAGGUCCGGCUUUGGGAAGCCUCCUCUGGUAGAUGUGUCAAAACUUGGAAUGUAGAUUCAGCCGUGAGUUGUGUGGAGCUCUUCCUUGAUGCCAAUAUGGAGGGCAGUGGAGUUGUUGUGGCAGCCUUUGUAGAUACUGGCCUAGUGAAGCUCUGGCCGCUGCAUGGUCCCUCGAAUCCGACAACAUUGAUGGGCCAUCAGAAAGGAGUACGUGCGACGGCAAUCAACGAGACCUACCUAGUUACUGCAGGGUUUGACCGAACUGUCUUGGUUUGGAAUUGGAGCACUAGACAGAGGGUAGCAUGUUUCCGUGCUCACAAUGAUAUGAUUUUGAGUAUCCAUUUAUCCAAGCGCACAGUCUACACGCUCUGCAUCGAUGCGACAUUGCGGGUGUUUGAUAUCCCAUCCAAAACACUAUUACAUCAGGUCAAAUUAUUUGAAGUCCAACACGGGUCGUCAUUGCAGUGGUCAUGUCUACACAACAGGAUGCUACUCACUGUCACGAACAAAAAGGUCUACGUCUGGCAGCUCGAACAUCUAGAGAGUCUUGUAAAGCAGCAGAAUUUAAGGCGUCCUUGCCGAUCGAGCAGCGUUGUAUCCACAGCAUCAUUCGAUAACAGCGUCAGCCAAGGUGAGCAGAGCAGUGUCUAUUUAGAUGUGGGGAGUCAAUAUCCAGCGCCACCACGCGUUAUCCCCGCUUCCUUAAAUAGCAAACGCACCGUUCCGCCAGAGACACCAUCAGGCCCUCUAUAUGUUGGUUCACGAUCGUCUUAUUUUCACUCUACGCCGACUUCUUCAUCACCAAUAUCUCCCUCGCUAUCUGAGCUAUCUACUCACAGAGUGGGACUAGGUCCAUGUGAAGCUGACCUGGAGACGCGGGUUAAGCCGUAUUUGACAGCUAUCUUAAGUAUGACUAUGGACAUGUGGUGCGGUAAAGUUACACACCAUGAUCCUCCACUGCUUGUCAUGGGCUCCCGUAACUCAUCCAUCAAGCUGACGUUGCUUCCGCUGACUCGAAGCAUUAUCGAUCCGAGCAGGGUUUACGAGGCUAGCUAUCCGCCAUUGAUGCUUUCUCCUACAAGUAUCCCAAUACAAGGAAUGCCCGCGGGGCAUGGCCUUGGCGUCAUGUGUAUCGACUCUGAUGCCAGCAGGCUUGUAGUUGGAUGCACAGGAGGAUCCAUCCAGCUGUUUAAUAUGGAUCCCGCCAUGAUGGCCGUAAUAGCCACACGCACCAAACCCAACAGCAGUAUCACAGAGCCUGAGUCUGUUAUUGCUUUACCACAGCUCAGAUCCAAUAAAACAGCCUCGAUCCGUUCUGCUAGCUCCACACAUUCUUUGCAUUCAACAGCGCCUGGAUCUUCGGCAACAGUCACGGCAGAAAUUAUACCUACCUCCGCGGUUGCCGGGAAAAUAAUAGAUAAAGCUACAAGAUCAGUCUUUUCACCUACUUCAGAGGUGGCUUUCAUUACUACUCAGAGUAAGAAUAUCGGUCGAAGCCGGUCAAGAAGCAGCCCUAGUCUUUUAGUAUCAGAACAGCCACCCCAAAGGAUUUCUUACCCCAAUAUUUUAACCUUGCCGCAUCGCAGUAAUCCUAGGAACAUGAGCUCUCGGCAAGCUCUCGGAAAUACAGCAAAGCAGCAGCUCCAGAAGCAGCAUCAGGAGCAGCAGAAAUCAUUGCCAUUAUGUUCAGAAUACGAAAAGCAAGAAAUACUUGUAGAUAGUGCCGAUGAGACAAUUUUACACCGAAUCCGUUAUGAUGAGAUUUCUUUUUCGCCUCCUUUAUCAUCGUUAGCCCUAUUGACGCCAGAACCGAGCAGGUCUUCUUCUCCAGACCCUUCGUUUAAACUGGCGACAGUAGAGGAACCUAUAAAGGCGAAAAAGAAGUCCAAUAUCGUCAAAAAGGUCUCAUCAGUAGUAUUGCUUUCACGUACCGACUCUAGCAGUAGCGUUACAAGGUUGAGGCCGAGUAAGGCAGUAGGGGGCUCAUCAGCAUCAACGUCAGCCAAAGCGUUAUCCAGUGGAUAUAGUACACCACUAUCGAGUCUUUCAAAGUAUAUUUCGAACCAGCCAGCCAAGAUGAUGAUUACGAGACGCCGCGCAACAUCUAGUACGGGUAUGGACCAAAUGGCUAGCUAUGGUAGCAGUGCAUCUAUGCCGUCAAGCAAUUCUACUACUCCUUUAGCUGCGAUCAUAAAGGGCCGUAACCGAUCUGACUCAAAUUUGCUUAGCAGUGUUCGAGACAGCGUUAGCAGCAGCAACAGCAGCAGUAGUUCUGUCCCGACACUAAAAGACUUUUCCAAAAGGUGGAGCUUUACACCUUGGAAUAGCUCUUCACGACGCACCAGUAAAAGCAAAGGCGUGUGUUUAGGGUGA